GCCCCACGGCUGGAGGGCGCGGCGGGGGCGACGGGGCGGCGCGGCGGCGGCUCGGGACACGGCGUCUGCCCGCGCUCGUCGGCAGGCCGCGGUCGGGCUUCUGAGCCCGGCCUCGGCCUGGCCGCCGCCGCCGCGCAGCGCGUAGGGAGGAAGAGGAAAUGCCCGGCCGCCGGCGCCAGCCGCUCGCCGGUAUGACCGGCCCGCGUGGCUCGAGGGGCGCUCGGCCGCCCCCAGCCCCACCUGGGGCCUAUCCAGGCCCGGGCCGUAGGCGUCCCGCCGCUGGGCCGGGCCAACCGCGACGGCGGGUGCUUCCCGGCAGCGAGCUGCGACCCCGGAAGGCUCCCCCCUUUCGGUGCAUGGCUGCCGGGCCGACAGCGGGCAGCGCCCUGCGGCCCCCGACCCAGACGGGAGGCUGCGCCCCGGCUGGGGACAUGUGUUUGUAUUUCAUUUUAAGCCAGCGGCCCCGAAGGGAAAGGCGGCUGGCCUCCGGGAGUCGUCCGGUGUUGCCCGGCAGGGUGACUCGCGGUCGGGAGGGCGUGGACGCGAGAGGCCAGCCGGGAGGCGGCCGGUCUUGGCUGCUGUGCCCCAAGGCCGGCUCCUCGGGAACCAUCUACUUCGAAGACUCCGCUCCCGCCAGCCCGGGAGUCCGGCAGCACCCGCGCAAAGUUUGUUCCAGCACCUUGGCUCACCCUGAAUACUCUUCUCUGAAAACUGUUGGGGCCUUAAUUAGUUCAUCAGAUAUUUAUACAGCCCCUUACUACGUGUCAAUUGGUAGCGUGGUUUGGUGGAAAGAGAUCGCACUUUGGAGUCAAGACAUCUGCCGUGGAUUCUGGUUCUGACAUCCUCUGUGUAACCUUGGGCAUUUACCCUUUUAUAUUUGAAUUUUUUUUUCUCCAUAAACUAUAAGUGUGUCCCUAGGCUAAGUCUACUGAAAUUGGAUUCUAAAGUACUGCUUGCUUUGGGAUUACUCUUUUUCCUUUCCACCAUUACUAGCUGUGUGACCUGGAGCAAAUGACUUGGCCUCCUUGUGCCUUGACUUUCCCAUCUUUAAAGUGAGCGCGAUUACACAUGAUAAUAACAAUAAUAAUAACAACAGGUGUUUGGAGGAUUAAGAGCUAAAGUGUAUAUAAAAUAUCCAGCACCAGCACGGGACACAGUAAAAACACAGUUUGUUACCAUAUUUCAUUAAAUCUGAUUUCAAGACGCUUCUCGAUUUGAAAGGGAUUUUAAAAAGCUCAUCUUAAAGUCAAGGAACCAAGUAUUAGGUCACUCAGCUCUACCCAGGGGCUGUAUUUGGUAGUAACUAAUGAUGAACUAGUUACCAGUCAAACUAAGGUUUAAACAAACUGGGGUUUAAAUGAGAACUUUGUGACCAGAAAUACUUGCAGUGCAUGUAUGGAGCUUUUGCCUAAAUUCAGUCCAGCACAGCUGUUGAAGAAAGAGGUUCGUCUAGGCCGUGAGGGGGCUUGGUGGGAUAGAGAAAAUAGGGCUUCCAACAAGGCUAAUAUCUACUGAGUGCUUACCUUGUGCCAGUGUCUUUCUAAGCAUUGUACAGUAUUGUGUGUGUGAUCCCCGGUACCAAACUCGUAGGACCCUCAUUCUUGGGCUGUAAAAGUGAAGACAACAACACCCCAUAGUCUUUUUUUUGUUUUUUUAAAAUUUAUUUAUUAUCUAUUUUUAGCCGCGUUGUGUCUUCAUUGCUGUGCGCGGUCUUUUCUCUAAUUGCAGAGAGCGGGGUCUACUCUUUGCCGUGCUUGGGCUUCUCGUUGCGGCGGCCUCCCCCGCUGUGGAGCACGGGCUCUAGGCGCGGGGGCCCCAGCAGUUGUGGCUCGCGGGCUCCAGAGCGCAGGCUCAGUAGUUAUAGCGCACAGGCUUAGUUGCUCCACCGCAUGUGGGAUCUUCCCGGACCAGGGCUCGAACCCCUGUCCCCUGCAUUGGCAGGCGGAUUCUCAACCUCUGUGCCACCAGGGAAGCCCCCACCCCCAUCGUCUUGUGAUGAGUAAAUGGUGUCUGUAAGUAAUAAGUUAUAGAGGUUAGGGCAUUAUCAAUAAUAUAGUGAGAUAAAAUGCUGGAGCAGGUAGGAGAGCUGACAAAUACUGCCGAACUCCAGGAAGGAAUAAGAGUUAGUUUCUCUUGGUUUGGGGAAAUGUUAGCUAAUCCUGUUAAGGAGAGCAUACAGAUAACUGUCUAAACCUGAAGGGAAUAUCAGAUCUUUGACAGUUACAUUAUUGUUUUCAAUCAGGCAAAAGUAAGAAAAUGAAGACGCUAACUUGAAAAAUGUAUUUUUUCCUAUUUGAAUAAGAGUAAACAGGAAUAUUAUGGUUUUUCAGGGUUUUCAUGACUAGAUGAAACAUUUCCUCAAUUCAACUAGAGAUCAGGCCCUUCAAUUAAAAAAACCUGCUUGCUGUCCUGCGUCUAGGAGACUGCAUUUCCCAAAAAAGGAUUAAUGUAAACGCUCAUACCAAAUUGUUCAUCAAAUGAUUUUUGGUCUUGGGACUUCCCUGGUGGUCCAGUGGUUAAGAAUCCGCCUUCCAAUGCAGAGGACUUGGGUUCGAUCCCUCGUCAGAGAACUAAGAUCCCACAUGCCGCAGGGCAGCUAAGCCCGCGCGUCGCAGCUACUGAGCCUGCGCGCCCUGGAGCCCGUGCUGCAACAAAAAGAUCCCGCGUGCUGCAACUAAGGCCCAGUGCUGCCAAAUAAAUAAAUAAAUGUUAAAAAAAAUGAUUUUUGUUCUCCAGAAAUGCUUCUUCCAUUCCUUUCCUUUGCCUGCACUUCCUUGAGUUCUUCUGUGUCCUUGCCUUGCCAACCC